AUGAAUUCUCAAACAGAAUCGGAUGAAGAUGAUCCAGUCGUGCGAGAGAUACCCAUCAUACAUUCCAAGAAACUGGAAAAAUCUCUACACCUCUUCCAAUUUCCUCUAAAAAGGAAGAAAUGUAAGAAUGAACAGAAUAUAAAAAAAUGCUUUUUCAAACCACAAAAUCAAGAAGUUAAAUUAGAAAUGGGCAUAAAUAUGGACUCCCCUAAUUUUGAUUCUGGUAGAGCAAAAAACAUAGCACUGGAUGUAGAUGGAGAAGAGGAUUCCUCAAAGAAUCAAAGAUAUUUCACUAAUCAAAUUGUAGAUAAAGUAUUUUUACAAUCAUCUGUAGCAGUUAAGGAUCCAAAUAAGUAUGCAGCUGCUGUGUUCAAUGGAAAAGAAAUUCACCUCACUUCCCUAAAUGGUGUAUUUCAGUUUCGUCCUACAUUUCCUUAUAUGGAAAAAAGUCUGAAGAAAAAGAAGGAUACAGAAACUGCUAAUGAGUCUGAUGAAGAGCAAGCAGGGCCUAGUUCAGCUCAGCAAGUUACUGCAAAGUUCAAAUCUAAUGAUGAAAGGUGGAAAAAGAAACAGGAGGAGAGCUACAAAUUUCUGAAGGAGAAAAGUGCAGAUGAACCUUGGACUGAAUGUAAAUGGUAUGAAAGCCAUAGCACUUUGAGCAGUGUGGAGAGGUUGAAACUCAUUUCAGAUAGUACCAAUGAGGUGGGUCAAGCAGAAAAUCUUCCAAAUUUGGAAUACAUUAGGUUGCUUGUUCCAGAAGAUCAGGAACAAGUCCCACUUGAACCCACUCUACCUUCUAAUGUGCUUUCUUUGCGGGCAUUGAAAGCUCUUCCUAUUUUAGAACAAUGCAGACUUUUACUAAAAGAUGCCCAAAUUAUUCAAUUCCAACAACUGCUGAUGCUGCUAACCGGUGGCGGGGGAGAAAAAUUCACAGCCGACAGUCUGCUGAAGGUCCUCCCUAACGUGGCUGUUCUAGUCAGGGGUAAUUGGGUGGUAAAGUCGGAGGUUUUGUAUCCGAAAAAUUCAUUUUCUGCUACCAGUGGAGUUCCCGCAGAACUGAUGUGCAGAGCUAGGGAUUAUGUUCUGUACCUGUUCACGAAAAACCAGUACGUCGAGCGCAAGAAGGCUUCCUCAAUCCUGAAAAUCCCCUCGGACGAGAUCAAGGAGAUCUUCACGGGAGUUUCGAAACUCCGUCGGCACAACAAAGAAUGGGAGCUGAAGUCGCCCACCGACCAGGACUUCGUCAACAAGCACGGCGACCUGGCGCAGAAGCAGAGCCUGAUGUGGGAGCACCGGUUCCACCAGCUCAGCGAGUUUCUGAAGGAUACUAGCAAGAGUAGAAGGAAGAGCAGAAGCGAGAGUAAGAGUGUGAGUGAGGAGGGGGGUGGGAGGGGAAGGAACGGGCCUAGUUUCAGUUCGGAUAACGAUUCAGGGACGGAGAAAAACAGUAACAGUAGCAAGUCGCCCGUGGCGGGGAGAAAGAACAAAAGUGGGGUUAGAGUG